AUGCAUAUACAUGUACAUGCCACAUAUGUGCCAGUUUCUUCGCAAGUAGCAGAGAGGAGGAAGAGGAGGCGGGAUGGAUUUGUUGGCCAGCCAUAUGGCAGUGGUGGUCUCAAUUAUGUUCUGAUGCUGUGCAACAGAGUUCCUCCUGCCGUGCCACCCAAACACAGAGCACGCCCGCCACGGAUCGACUUGCCAGAGGACAGACUUAUCCGCGCAUACUACAGGAAGUACCCGAUGGCUCGAACGGUGCCGAUCGAUCUCAACAGCUUCGAACCCCCGAUUGCAAGAAAGUUUGCGUGGCGGCAGAUGGAGCUGAUGAAGGAUGGCAUGAGUCAAGAUGAGGCCUUUGCCAAAGUUGAGGCGGAGAUGGGCUUGCAGCUUGAAGCACUGAGCGCACAGCGAGGUGUGAAGUCAGUGCUUGGUAUUGUCCAGUACGAGGAGGAGCGGAUAUUGGUGGAAGCCAUGAAGGCACAGAAAUUGAGACCCGUGCAGCCUGCUGGCUGA